GAGAGAGAGGGGUAGAUAGAACGAUAGAGAGGUAGACAGAAAGGGAGAGAGGUAGAGAUAUAGAGGUAGAGAGAGAGGAGGACUGGAGAGUGUAACAGAAGAUAUCCACACAGCAACGGGAGUGGACCCGAGGCCCGACCAGGUGUAACAAUCCCGCUACCGGACGGAGGGCGACGGCAGAGCCAUGGCGAAUAUAGCGGUCCAGAGGAUCAAACGGGAGUUCAAAGAAGUCCUGAAAAGCGAAGAGACGAGUAAAAACCAGAUCAAGGUGGAUCUGGUAGAUGAGAACUUCACAGAGCUGCGAGGAGAGAUCGCAGGACCACCAGACACGCCGUACGAAGGUGGCAGAUUUCAACUGGAAAUCAAAAUCCCAGAAACGUAUCCCUUUAACCCUCCCAAGGUGAGGUUCAUCACUAAGAUCUGGCACCCCAACAUCAGCUCAGUAACAGGAGCCAUCUGUCUGGACAUCCUCAAAGACCAGUGGGCAGCAGCGAUGACUCUGAGGACAGUACUGUUGUCCCUCCAGGCUCUUCUGGCUGCAGCUGAACCAGACGACCCCCAGGAUGCAGUAGUGGCCAAUCAGAACGCUGUAAUCGCUGCCUUGUCUUCUAAAUCCUGGGAGGUGGAGACGGCGACAGAACUACUCCUUAACAACUGAGACCCGGCAAUAAACGCCCUCUGACCUCAUCUCCCAUCUCCUUAUGGUGCCCUCCGAUGCCUUCUAACCACAGCCCAAACUGAGCCUUGACUGGGGUUGAUGUCCUACAGUUUCCAGCCCUCCCCUCCCCGUCCAAGUCACUUCCUGGUAUCCUUUCAGCCCAAACAUCACCCCCCUCUCCACCAAUCCCUUUCUUUUGGUUCUUCGCUUGAUGAACUCUUACUCCUCGACAUUGAACCACUGUCACCUCGUGGAGCUAACUGGCUGAGAGAGACGGGAGGACGCGAACCGCCGGACAAAGAUUUAUCUGUAAAUAAAUAUUAGUUCUUAACUGUACAAAUACACGGCGGAAUACUUUUUUCUUCCUGGAUAUUGUUUAAAAAAAAUAAAAAAAUAAAAACGUAAACUGUGCUUCAGUUUUACUCAACGACGAGAAGGAAAGAAAUUGCAUCGCUAACUAUUUUGGUCGGCCCGACCAGGGAGUUCAUCCGAAUGUCCCGGUGAAGUGACUCAUGCGUUUGAUUGGCCCAGCCUGCUCCCCCCUCCCCUCCAAAAUCCCUCUCACGCUCCUCUUUCCCAGACGAAUCCUGUGCACGGUCUCUUUCUCGACGGAGAAGAUACCUCUUCAUCAGCAGAGAAAACCACCGACCUACCGGCUGGAUCUAUAGUUUAUAAAGAAAAAACAAGACUCUUCCCUCUUUUCGCGGUCUUCCUGUUCCACUUCAGCACGACGGAGAAGAUAAAGAACUGCACGACAGAGUAGAGACCCCCCACUCCCCCAUAAGGCUCUGGCCAAAAGUAGUGCACUGUAUAGGAGAUAGGCUGCCAUUUUGUGUUUUUAACAACGCAGUAGGGAGUUAUCAGUUUGGAUUUGUUUUCUGAAGGAAACAGCAGCCGUCUGACCUGGGUUCAGAUGCUAUUUGAAAUCUUUCAGCUUUAGUCUGCCAAAUGGGAGGGGUUUGGAGUAUUUUAUUAGCUCGUGAAGGAAACUCACUCGAGCACAGAAAGCGGUUUGAAAUGAUAUUUGAACCGGGGUGUGGCCGGCCAUGAUUAUUUAUUGUGAGACUGUGUUACUUUUAUUAAAAAAACAACCUGGAAAAUC